AGGCAAAGGCAAAGGCAAAGGUUGAAGGUUGUACUGACUCAUCUCACCACAGACGUGUUGGUUGGGUUGGUUGGUUGGUAAUAGAUAGGCGUUAGAUAGAUAGAAAGAAAGAAAUUCACAAUUCCUCGUUCUCUCCUCAUUCAUUUUUUUUAUUUUUAAUCUUUUAUUUUUUUCUUUACCCCUCGAAGCAAAAAGCAAAACAUUCCUCUCUCUUUCCAAAUUUCCCUAUUCUCUUCUCUCCCUACCUAUCUUCCAUUGGAUGAGAUCGAA